CCGGCCGCGCGCUGGUGCGGAGCGAGGGCGCCCCAGGGACCCGGACGCACGGCUGGCGCGCGGGACGCGGCCAUGGAGGACGCGGGAGCAGCCGGCCCGGGGCCGGAGCCCGAGCCCGAGCCCGAGCCCGAGCCCGAGGGGGGCGCCGGCAUGUCCGAGGCGUUCUCCCGGCUCUGGAGCGACGUGAUGGGCAUCCUGGACGGCUCCCUGGGAAACAUCGAUGACCUGGCGCAGCAGUAUGCAGACUAUUACAACACCUGUUUCUCCGAUGUGUGCGAGAGGAUGGAGGAGCUGCGGAAGCGGAGGGUUUCCCAGGAUCUGGACGUGGAGAAACCCGAUGCCAGCCCCACGUCACUUCAGCUGCGGUCCCAGAUCGAAGAGUCGCUUGGCUUCUGUAGCGCCGUGUCAACACCAGAAGUGGAGAGAAAGAGCACUCUUCCUAAGUCAAACUCAGAAGACGGCUCUGUAGGAAAAGGAGAUUGGAAGAAGAAAAAUAAGUAUUUCUGGCAGAACUUCCGAAAGAACCAGAAAGGAAUAAUGAGACAGACUUCAAAAGGAGAAGAUGUGGGCUACGUGGCCAGCGAGAUAACAAUGAGUGAUGAGGAACGGAUUCAGCUGAUGAUGAUGGUCAAGGAGAAGAUGAUCACCAUCGAGGAAGCACUUGCAAGGCUCAAAGAGUAUGAGGCCCAGCACCGGCAGUCAGCGGCCUUGGACCCUGCCGACUGGCCGGACGGUUCCUACCCGACGUUCGACGGCUCGUCAAACUGCAACUCAAGAGAACAAUCGGAUGAUGAGACUGAGGAGUCGGUGAAGUUUAAGAGAUUACACAAGCUGGUCAGCUCCACUCGCAGAGUGAGAAAGAAACUAAUCAGGGUGGAAGAAAUGAAAAAGCCCAGCACCGAAGGCGGGGAGGAGCAUGUGUUUGAGAAUUCCCCAGUUCUGGAUGAGAGGUCCGCCCUUUAUUCUGGAGUACACAAGAAGCCAUUUUUCUUUGAUGGCUCUCCUGAGAAACCUCCAGAAGAUGAUUCAGACUCUCUCACCACUUCUCCAUCAUCCAGCAGCCUGGAUACCUGGGGAGCCGGCCGGAAGUUGGUCAAAACCUUCAGCAAAGGAGAGAGUCGGGGCCUGAUUAAGCCCCCCAAGAAGAUGGGGACGUUCUUCUCCUACCCAGAAGAAGAAAAGGCCCAGAAGGUCUCCCGCUCCCUAACUGAGGGGGAGAUGAAGAAGGGUCUCGGGUCCCUGAGCCACGGGAGAACCUGCAGUUUUGGAGGAUUUGACUUGACGAAUCGUUCUCUACACAUUGGCAGCAACAGUUCGGACCCAAUGAGUAAAGAAGGAGAUUUUGUGUACAAAGAAGUUAUCAAAUCACCCACGGCCUCCCGCAUCUCUCUUGGAAAAAAGGUGAAAUCCGUGAAAGAGACAAUGAGGAAGAGAAUGUCUAAAAAAUACAGCAGCUCUGUCUCUGAGCAGGACUCGGGCCUGGAGGGACUGCCCGGCUCACCUCCAUCUUCACAGCCUGACGGUGAACACAUGGACAAACCGAAGCUCAAAGCCGGAGGUUCUGUCGAGAGUCUGCGGAGUUCUCUGAGUGGCCAGAGCUCGAUGAGUGGUCAGACCGUGAGUACCACAGAUUCCUCAACCAGCAACAGGGAGAGUGUCAAGUCAGAAGACGGUGAUGAUGAGGAACCCCCCUACCGGGGCCCCUUCUGCGGGCGUGCCAGGGUGCACACCGACUUCACGCCUAGUCCCUAUGACACGGACUCACUCAAGCUCAAGAAAGGAGACAUCAUCGACAUAAUCAGCAAGCCACCCAUGGGCACCUGGAUGGGUCUGUUGAACAACAAGGUCGGCACAUUCAAGUUCAUCUAUGUAGAUGUGCUAAAUGAGGAAGAAGAGAAGCCCAAGCGCCCCACCAGGAGGAGGAGGAAAGGAAGACCACCCCAGCCCAAAUCUGUGGAGGAUCUCCUUGAUCGGAUCAACCUAAAAGAGCACAUGCCCACUUUCCUGUUCAAUGGGUAUGAAGACCUGGACACCUUUAAGCUCCUGGAGGAGGAAGAUUUGGAUGAGUUAAAUAUCAGGGACCCGGAACACAGGGCUGUUCUCUUGACGGCGGUGGAGCUGUUACAGGAAUAUGACAGUAACAGCGACCAGUCGGGAUCCCAGGAGAAGCUGCUUGUCGACAGCCAGGGCCUGAGUGGAUGCUCUCCACGAGACUCCGGGUGCUACGAGAGCAGCGAGAACCUGGAAAAUGGCAAGACUCGGAAGACCGGCCUUCUCUCUGUCAAGUCGUCAGUGGAGUCCAGCUUUAAGUCCUUCAACAGGAAUCAGCUGGGCAACUACCCAACCCUGCCUUUAACAAAGUCCGGGGAUGCACUGAAGCCCGGGGAGGAAGGCAGGCUGGGCAGCGGUCUCGCCCCUCACACCUCCAAGUGCUGUGACCAGCCAUGUGUGACUGGUCUGAACAAAAACCGAAGAAGCCUGCCCGUUUCCAUCUGUCGGAGCUGUGAGACCCUGGAGGGCCCCCAGCCCGUGGAAACUUGGCCCAGAUCCCAUUCCCUGGACGACCUUCAAGGAGAGCCUGCUGCUGAGAAGGAUGUGCCCGGCGAGGUGACAGAACCCUCCCCACAGAUUGUACCACAAGUGCCACAAAAGACAACCCCCUCCAUCACAAAGGUUCAAAGCCCCAAACGAGAUCCUGCUGUUGACAAUGCACUGCUACUGACCCAAAGCAAGAGAUUUUCUGAACCUCAGAAGACAGCUAAGAAACUAGAUGGUUCCAUAGCAGCCUCCUCCCGUGGCACAUCACCUCCUCCGUGUUUGCCCAAAAACUAUGAUGCUCAGCCUCCUGGAGUUAAACACGGUUUAACAAGGACACCUCUCGAGGGUCACAGGAAAGGACUCGAGUCUGAAGGAACGCAUCAUCCCGCGGGCACCAAAGAAGGCCUAGAAGCCGAGCAGAGGGGCCCCGAGGCAAGAACGCAGGCCAGACAUCCCUCCCAGCCUCCACCUGUUCCCGCCAAGAAAAGCCGAGAACGCCUGGCCAACGGACUCCACCCCGGCGCUCCCGGUCCCGACGCACCAAGCCUGCCCGCUAAAAAAGGCAGCCCCAGUGACUGUCACUCACCUCAGGCUCCUAGGCCUCCCUCGGCACAGGAGCCCGGCAGCCCACCCAGCUCGAGGCCGCCGCCCUGGCUCUCAGAGCUCCCGGAGAGCGCCAGCCUCCAGGAGCAUGGCGUGAAGCUGGGCCCGGCUCUGACCAGAAAGACCUCCUGCGCCCGGGGAGUGGACCUGGAAACGCUCACCGAGAACAAGUUGCGAGCUGAAGGCAUCGAUCUCACUGAGGAGCCGUACUCUGAUAAGCACGGCCGCUGUGGGAUUCCCGAAGCCCUGGUGCAGCGAUAUGCAGAGGACUUGGAUCAGCCCGAGAGGGAAGUUGCCACCAACAUGGACCAGAUCCGCGUGAAGCUGCUUCGGAAGCAGCACCGCAUGGCGAUCCCAAGCGGUGGACUCACAGAAAUCUGUAGAAAGCCCCUCUCUCCCGGAUGUGUCUCGUCUGUGUCAGAUUGGCUGGUUUCCAUCGGUCUGCCCAUGUAUACCAGCGCCCUCACUGAAGCCGGGUUCAGCACAUUGGGCCAAGUGCCUUCUCUGUCCCACACUUGCCUUCAGGAGGCCGGCAUCACAGAGGAGAGACACAUAAGCAAGCUUGUGUCUGCAGCCAGACUCUUCAAACUGCCACCAGGCCCCGAGGCCAUGUAGCCAGGCCCAUCAUGGAGCUCCCCGGACAAGAGCCACCCUUUCACUGUGCUUAGGAUGCUAAUGCAAUCCCUCCUCCUUGGGACCUGCAGACCAGAUCCAGAAGAAAGGCCCGGUGUAAGGCCGACCGGAGCACAAAACCUCGGCACGGGACUGAUGACCCUCUCUUCUCCAGAAGAGCCCCCCUCGAGGAAACUGGUGUGGUUCUCUUUGACUCCCCCAAAGAAAAGACAAGCACUAACUUUUAUUUUCAGAACACAAAAGAACCAGGAUGCCAGCUCGCCGCCCAUGCUGUGCCUCCAGUCUGUCUUGGUGUGCUGGCAGAGGGAGGGGGCAGCCGCUGUCGUUUCUGAGAAUGCCCUUGCCUUGCUGUCUGUCACCCUGCAGGAUGCCUGAGGGCAGGCGGGUAUUGGCCAGGCCAAAGUAACAGACCCAGGAGUUACUGUACGCCAUUGACUAUGCUUGUUUAUUCAAAAGUAAGAAAAUCUGGCUGCAUUAGGAAAAAAAAAAAAAAAAGUCCUAUUCUCCUUUAAGUAAACAAGAGACAUUUUAAUAAUUGCUUUCUAGCAAUCAGCUUUUAUUUGCCUUAAUAUAAGCUUUUAAGCAGUUAUCUGGUGUUCACCACCCUGUAACCAUAGUUCCAGAUCUUCAGCCUAGACUGCCAUCUAACAUACCAGAGAUGUUUUCAGCAAAAAAAAAAAAAAAAGAAAAGAAAAAAAAGAAAAAAAAGAAAAGAAAAAAAAGAAAAAAAGGGCUUUUCUAAUUGCCUCACUCUAACAUGGCUUAAUUUGUAGGGGUGUUUGUCAGGCACAAACUUCAUGUUGGCUUUCAGUUUUUAAACUAACCACAAAUCCAGUAAAAAGCUAUCUGAAACUCACAGAUCAGGUGUGUAUGUGAGCGUGCACGCAUGUGUGUCCGCGUGUGAGCGCGUGUGUAUAGAAACUACCUUCAUUUUAAAUCAGUUUUGUUUUGUUUACGAUGUUGGUCACCGUGCUGCAGUAUUGACUUUGACUCCCGACCACGACCAUUCCAGAAUUCACUCAUCAGCUAACAGGUCACCUUUGCAAAGCCACCGUAAGGUUGAAUAUUUCAGAAAGAUGCUUUUAAAAGGGAAGUAGUUUAUAAGAGAUUUUUAAAGUUUUUUUUUUCCACUUUUAUAAUUAAGGUACUGUUUUCCUCCCUUUAUUGAGAUCAUUCUUUUAAUUCAGAUAAUAGUUCAUUCUGGAGCCAGACAAAGCACGUUAGCCAUGUAUUAAAUAUUUGCCAUUUUCAGUUGUUUUCCUACUGAUUAGAGCAUUUACCGUUCUCUUUUAGUCUGGUGUCUGACUUUUCUAGCACACAGAAAUUCAGGCAACUAAAUUAAGGUUUCCGUCGCUUACUAAAUGAAUUUCCUCUACAUUCUUAGUCAUGAGAACUAUUCUAAGCAUUGAAUGUGAUCAUUGACAACAAACACUUUGAAGACAAAGGCUUGAUCAAAAGCUCUUAAACAUUUCAUCUCCUCGUUAAAACGAUUCCCCUCAAGGGGGGGGGGGAGUAACUUCACUCAUUACAAAGCCAUCUUCAGCAUUUGCUCUAUGUACUUGGAUCCGUGUUUCUGAGGAAAAGGAUGUUCUCAGGUUAUAUGUUUUUUUCGCGCUUUGGUAUACGUUUAAAAAAAAUACGUUUCUUCAAUAGUAUUCACCUUCUAUAAGACGCCAUGUGAAAAAGUUGUGGAAAUGCAGAAUAAAAAGCUAAAAGCUGCCAACUUUCUACCGAGAUCUGAAAAACAGCCCAUUUUUGCCAUCUCGGGUUGUGCACACAGCCCACGUGGAAUGUGACGAUACCGUCGAACUGUAGCGCUUGUGCUGUAGUGGAGACAGGUGCAGGGACACGGAGCCUCGGCAUGACAUUCUGAGAUCCUGCUCAUAGUGUAAGCCGACCACACACAAGUCACACAACAGAUAACAGAGGAGGAGGGGUCAUCUGUGAAUUUCCCAGUGUUAGUUCAUUUUCAGUGUCAGAUUUUCAUAUAAGUAAAAGUGGCACCAGAAAAGGGAAUGUUCUGGAGUUCUUGAAAAUGCCAAACCCUAUUUUUGUCAUUCUUCUUUGGAAAUCAUUGCCUUUGCGUAGAAAAAUCAAAUUCAGGGACCAUGAAUGAUUUUCAGUGGGAAGAUCUUCCUAACCUGAGGGGUCUGAGAUUUUUACUUUAUCGUGCUUUUAAAAAAAAAUUUUUGUUUUGUUAUUGUUAGUAUUUGUUUGGUCUUUUGCUUUAAACUUUUAAUUUGAUCCCAGAAAAGCCUGAAUGUUUGUGUGUGACAUUUGACUAAGGUGGUUUAGGGACCGCGCGUCAGAAGACAGGUAGGUAGGUGUUAGGCGCCAGCAAUAUCCGGUUUUAAUCAAUUGCACUUGGUACAGAAUGUUGAGGAAGGGUUUAAAGUGUUGUCUUUGGAAAGCACAAAAGAAACCUGGAAAGGCAGUUUGGCUCAGGUAGCUACACAUCCGUUGUGUGUAAUUUUUACUGUAAAGCUGUCUAGAAGGAAAUGCGGCCAGCCCCAACCACUAUUUACAUUCCCAGAUAACCAGGAAGCAGAUACAUUUUCAUGGCUUUCUCUUAGCAGCCCUUUUCUCUGUCCUGAUCCCCGGUGUGGGGGAGAUUGGAAAUUACUAGUCUAUUGCAAACCAGUUCCUGACAUAGCAAAAUUUGCUUUCAUAACUGCGGCAAAAGAAAUCAGUUCGCCAAGUCAAUGCUGCAUUGUGUGUACUGUAUUAUUUUCAGAAAAUAUAGUAGUCUGAGUCCAAGUUACCUUGAUUUUAAAUUGAUAGAGAAAUGCAAGAAACUGUCAAGCAAGUUAUAUAACAACUAACAACAUUGCACUUUCUGUAUAUGAAAUCAAUAUUUAAAUAACUUAUUUUUCUCCAUUGCUGUUCUUAAACAUUGUAAGUAGCUGUAAUAUACCAGUACCGAUAUGUCCUUGCGAUUGCUUCAGCCCAGGAAAGCUGUGUAUUGUUUUAAAAAUUGUAAAAACUAUUGUGAUGAUUCAUUUAGCAAAGAGAAAGGUGGACAGAAGGGUUUUCCUAUGUAUCAAACUUGUCUAUAAUUAUGUCAUCUUAUGUACCUAGGAAAAAUAAAUAAAUUUCGUCAGUUGACUAUG